AUGGGGAAACGCAAGUCGAAGAGAAAGCCACCACCAAAGGUCAAACCAAUUAUGCCACUUGAAACGCAAUUCAACUGUCCUUUUUGCAAUCACGAACGUGUUUGUGAAGUUAAAAUGGAUCGAGAACGGAAUGUUGGUUUCAUAUCGUGUCGUGUGUGUCUGGAGGACUUCCAGACCAAUAUCAACUACCUUUCUGAGCCAAUCGAUGUGUACUCAGACUGGAUCGAUGCGUGUGAACAAGCGAACCAGUGA